AUGGAGGAAGAAGCAGCCACUAGUCAGGUAAUAGAAGAGAAAAUCUAUGUCGCAGUUGGUAAAAACGUAUGGGAGAACACAUCAAAUCUCAUGUGGGCAUUAGAAAACUCACAAGGAAAGAAAAUCUGCAUCCUUCAUAUCCACCAACCAUCUCCGACGAUUCCAAUCUUGGGUACCAGAUUUGAAGCUUCAACGGUGGAUGAGGAAUCAGUGAGAGCAUACCGAGGCCAAGAAACAGCAAAAACAGACAAGAUUCUACAUGAAUACCUUAGUAUUUGCCUAAGGAAAGGGGUCCAGGCAGAGAAGCUGUGUGUGGAAAUGGACUCAAUUGAGAAAGGGAUUGUGGAAGUGAUAUACCAGCAUAAGAUCAGGAAGUUUGUAAUGGGAGCAGCUGCAGAUAAACACUAUUCCAUAAAAAUGGAGGAUCUCAGGUCCAAGAAAGCAAACUUUGUCUGCCAACAAGCGCCUGUUACUUGUCAAAUACACUUCACCUGCAAAGGAAACCUUAUACAUACAAGGGAAGCUAGAGUGGAUGAAGUUAGAGCUCUAUCUGUGCUCUUGUCUGAUUUUCAGCGGCUUGUAUUGCCACAAGUAAGGUCUGAUGUGCAAAAUAACACAUCCUCCAUAGAUGUCAUCAGAUCAGAGGUCUUACUAAGCGAAAUUCAAGAGGAACUGAAUGACUCAUCUUCUCAAGCUUUCCCGUGCAGCGGGAUGGGACUGAACAUGAUGAACUUCCUAAUCAACUCCACCAAGCUAUGGCAGAAGCUCACAAUCCAAAACCAUGAGCAUCGUGAGUAA